UGUGUCUGCUGACUGUGAGGUACAGGGUCAAAGUUUACUCAAUGAUGAGUCCGUGACGAUGAAAUGAAAAAAUUAUAUAAUCUAAAAGACAACCGACAGAUGAUCUGCCCCUCAAAAGCAGAAAUUGAAGCCUUCUUAUCAGGAGUCGACCUCCCGACCUUAUCCAACACGGACGCGGAACAUCUUAGUAGGCCCUUCACAGUAAAGGAGAUCACCUUGGUGAUCUCCACACUCCCCCUAAACAAAUCACCGGGCCCUGAUGGCCUACCUAAUAAAUACUACCGUACCUUUAUUAAUGCCCUAGCUCAACCUCUCGGUGAUAUGUUUAACCAAUGCAUGAAGGAAGGAGCAUUGCCAGAAGAAGUAACAAUGGCACAUGUCUCCAUGCUUCCUAAACCUGGUAAAACCAAAGAUCACUGUUAAAAUGUCAGGCCCAUUUCGCUGCUCAAUAGCGAUGCCAAAAUCUAUGCAAAAUCUUCUGCAUAAGUCAGGAUUUGUGAGGGGCCGACAGGGCUCUGAUAACUAAAGGAAGGUACUAAACAUGGUAGCAGGGAUGGAGAGGGAGCAUCUCAGAGGUCUUUUCCUGGCGCUGGACGCUGAAAAGGCCUUCGAUAGACUAAACUGGCAAUAUAUGACACAGGUACUAUCCAAAUAUCAGUUCCCUGAAGAGACCAUCAGGGGUAUAUUGGCAUUGUACGCACAACCCAGUGCUGGGGUCUCCCAUGGUGGCUUCCUAUCACGAACCUUUCACAUUACAAACGGGACACGCCAGGGAUGCCCACUGUCCCCCUUGCUGUACAUUCUCUCCCUAGAACCGUUGACUUGGAAAAUACAAAGACACUGAGCCAUAACCGGUAUUACAUUAAAGGACAGGGACUAUUGUCUGGCGAUGUUCGCAGACGAUAUCUUUGUGGCACUUUCGGACCCAGAGCAAUCACUACCCCCACUACUAACAUUACUGACAGACUAUGGCGGAAUCUCAUACUACCGCUUACCGAUAAAUCUACCAGGGCCUACUGUAAAUACCCUUAAAACCUCCUUUGAACUAGACUGGCGGACAACGUCCAUAACGUAUUUAGGAGUUAAGAUUGCCACUCCUAUUAGCAACGUAGUGAAGCUCAAUUACAAACCCCUCAUACAGUUAUGCACCACAGAUGUACAUAAAUGGAAAAAUGCGAAACUGUCAUGGUUGGGUCGAGUAAAUGCAUAUAAGAUGAUGCUAUUACCAAGGCUACUGUAUAUAUUUCGGAUGCUCACUAUCGAUAUCCAGGCUGUAAUCUAUAAAUCUUUGCAAGCCAUAUGCAACUCCUACAUUUGGGGAGGUAAGAAACCCAGGCUGCCUCUAAGUUUCCUACAAAGGACAACAAAUAUGGGGGGCAUAGGCCUACCCAAUAUUGGAUUAUACUAUAAAGCCUCUAUCCUAGCAACGAGCAUACACCUGCAUGCCCAGCAGGGAGUAACACAGUGGGUAGAUAUGGAACAAGACCAACUUAGUCAAACCUCACUGCUUAAUUACAUGUGGACGCCGAGAACAUUGAGGGGCCCUAAAAUGAGCCUAUAUCCUACCACAACUG